GCAUCGCAUCGCAUCGUAUCGGAUCGGAUCGGUUGUAUCCAUAGCACGGCCAUCCACGUAUAACCCCCACCCCACCAAACCGAGCCCAGACCGAGCCCCACCCCUUUUGGGAGCAGCAGCUCCACUUGCGGUCCGGGCACCGGGUAUCGCAUUCAUGAGCUGGCUCAUUGGCAAUCAUUUGGAUUCGUACGCCAUUCGAAACGGUAUUGGUGGCCACCUCAUCCUGAAACUGUGACAAGGAAUCCUCCGACACAGAAUCAUAAAAAAAACUGAAACGGAAUCGGAAUCGGUCUAAUUAAUCCCGCCAUUCAAUGCGUGUGUGAAGUGUUAAUCAUAUCCAAAGUACCUAUCUACCCAAGUGCUUGUGAAUAAAGUUUUAAAAAGGAUAUACCAAUUCAAAUCGAAAGUAUAAAAGGAUAAGAAAACAGUGACUGACAUUCAAGUCUAGUGUGCCCAGCAAGAUUGCUUCGUUCCGGUGGAGAAUAGUAUGCCAAUUUGUUCACAGUGGAUUCAACGAAUAAAAUGGCCGUUGGACCGACGGAGGGCAAACCCUCUGGGCCGCCGUCAGGGAGCUUCUCGCCCACGCACCAUCAGAUUAUAGCACCCAGCCCCAUCCUGGCCGUGCCCACGCUGGCCUUCUCCGCCGCCCAGGUGGAGAUCGUGUGCAAAACGCUCGAGGAUUCCGGCGACAUUGAGCGCCUCGCCCGCUUCCUGUGGAGCCUGCCGGUGGCCCUGCCCAACAUGCACGAGAUCCUCAACUGUGAGGCAGUGCUUCGGGCCCGAGCAGUGGUCGCCUAUCAUGUGGGCAACUUCAGGGAACUUUAUGCAAUAAUAGAGAAUCAUAAGUUUACGAAAGCAUCCUAUGGAAAACUGCAGGCCAUGUGGCUGGAGGCCCACUAUAUAGAGGCGGAAAAGCUACGUGGUCGGUCACUAGGCCCCGUUGACAAGUAUCGGGUGCGCAAAAAGUUCCCCCUGCCGCCCACCAUUUGGGACGGGGAACAGAAGACGCACUGCUUCAAGGAGCGGACGCGUAGCCUACUGCGCGAAUGGUACCUACAGGAUCCCUAUCCGAAUCCCACCAAGAAACGGGAACUGGCCAAGGCCACUGGCCUGAAUCCCACGCAAGUGGGCAACUGGUUCAAGAAUCGCCGCCAGCGGGAUCGGGCAGCUGCUGCCAAGAAUCGCAUCCAACAUAACCAGAAUAGCUCCGGCUUGGGCUGCCGCCGGCGGGCGGACGGAGCCGCAUCACCCACUCCGUCGGACAGCUCCGACUCGGACAUCUCCCUGGGAACGCACUCGCCAGUGCCGAGCAGCCUGCAACUGCAACACAGUCCCGGCAGCACCUCCAACGGCGCCAACGACCGCGAGGAGAGCCUGAGCGUGGACGACGACAAGCCGCGGGACUUGAGCGGCUCCCUGCCUCUGCCCCUGUCGCUGCCCCUGGCCUCGCCUACGCCGACACCUCCCCACUUGCCGACGGGCUAUGGAGCGGGUCCUGGAGCCGGACCUCCGACCGGAGGUCCUCCGUUGACAGCCGCGGGCUGUCUGCCGCCCUUCAAGCUGGACGCGGCCACCAGCCUGUUCAGUGCCGGGUGCUAUCUGCAGAGCUUCAGCAACCUGAAGGAGAUGUCGCAGCAGUUCCCCAUCCAGCCGAUUGUCCUGCGACCGCAUCCGCAGCUGCCCCAACCCUUGGCCCUAAACGGCGGAUCCGGCGGAGCGGGACUGCAUCAUCCGGCGUACGCGGCGGCCUACAGCGUGGAGUGCGUGCCGCCGUCGCACCCGCCGCCCAAGUUGCGCAUCAACUCGCCGGAGAAACUCAACUCGACGGCAGUGGCGGCGGCUGUUUCGGGUGGCGUGCCACCGUCCGUGGCGACCACGACCGGCUACCACCACAGCGGACAGUUGCUGCUGCAUCGUCCCUUCUCCACGUCCCCGGAGCUGAAGCACAGUGCCCCGGAGAUCACAUGAUAUCAGCGGGUCUGAGGUGUCUAUAUUAUAUAACCCCAAAAAGAGCAUCCUUUAAAGAGAAACCCAGAGUAUCCCGACGCAACCCGAAGCACUAAGGCCCAGCUAUUCAGAUUGUUUCAAUUGUAAUUCUAAGUUAGAUGUAGUUACGCCUAAUAUCCCAGCCAGAUCGGAACUGUUUCCUAUAUAUAUCAUGAUCCAUAAUUACCUUUACCGUUAUCCACAGCAGCAGCAAAAAAAAAACAAAAAUUCGAGAAUGAAAAACAAAAAUACAAGAAAGAAUAUAAGAAAAUGCAAAAAAAAAUUCAAAAAUUAAAAAUUAAAGGCAACAUCGCACACUCACUCUUCAAAGAUAGCCAUUUAAGUCGAAAAAAAUUGAGAUAUAUAGAAAAUAAAGCUAAAAUCCCGAAACUGAGAUUUUGAAUUCGAUACGUUUUCAUUCUAAUUUUGUGUGUGUGUACGUAUUUGUAAAUAGAGUUUAAGUAUGCAAAUCAUAGAGCUUACGUAUACAUUUAGAUUGCAAUAAAAAACGAACCGAAUGACAGUUAAGAAUUUGAAUCAUUA